AUGAAGUCGAGCACUCGGAAGCCCUUGUGCUGGGCCGUGUUGCGGGCCCAGAGGAACGGCAGGCUCUUCCUGAACCAGAAGCCAGUCCGCAUGACGUGGCGUGACGCCGCGAACGAGCUCCUCAGACAGUACGAGGAGUGCAUCAGCCUCAAUGCCGACAAGAGAAAGAAGAAGGGCGAGCUCGUGAGAUUCAUGGACCACUGCAUUCGGAUGGCGUUUUGCUCUGUGGCCGCUGGAUGGGUGCUCGCCCACUACUACCUGCCCCCGCUCCGGCGCGUCAGCUUCGCGAUGGGCUUCGGCAGCUAA